UCAAAUGUCAACAAUGAACGGCACCAACACAGGAUGGGACGAGAGUCAUAUUAAAAAGUAUUUUUUUCCUACAGAACUAAUUCCACGGCUGCCAUGCAAUGAUCCUCAAGCAAUGGAACUCAUUUCAAAAGAGAAACCAGUUGUCCUGACAGACACCAAGUUAUGUGAUACAGCUCUGAAAUGGGACUUAGACUAUCUGAAAGAAAACAUGGGCAGUGCGAAGUAUAUGGUAUUCAUUUCUAAAAAUAAUCAGUUUAAAUAUUAUGAUGAAACCAAGAUUAAACAGUGCAAAAAAAAAUUUAUUCCUCCAACUAGAAGAAUUGAUAUGCCUUUCUCAGAUUUUUUAAGAAAACUGCAGGACUGGAAACCAGGAGAUGAAAGAGUUUACCUGCAGCAGGGUUUAGACAAUACAGUUGGCCAAAGUAUUGUGACGGACUUCCUGCACUUCAAUUGGCAGUGGCUCAACAUUCAGGAGAAGAAAAACAACUGGGGUCCCCUCACAUCAAACCUUCUUCUUGUGGGAAUGGAAGGUAAUGUGACUCCUGUACAUUAUGAUGAACAGCAAAACUUCUUCUGCCAGUUGAUUGGCUACAAGAGAUGCAUACUUUUUGCACCAGAGCAUUAUGAGCAUCUUUAUCCAUAUCCAGUAUAUCAUCCACAUGAUCGACAGUCUCAGAAUGGCGUGGGUCGUCUUACUGCUACUCUUGUGGAGUGGUACAGUGUGUAUGUCUACAUCCAAAGAAGUUCUGAAACCAGGAGUUUUAGUUGCCCCAGUAGGCAGGGUGCUGAUCAUUUAAGAUAUCAUCGCGAUCAAAUUGACUUUGAUGAACCUGAUGCUGAAAAGUUCCCUGGCCUUCAACAGCUUAAAGGUGUGGAGGCAGUAGUAGGUCCUGGUGAUGUCCUUUAUAUACCUAUGUACUGGUGGCAUCACAUAGAGAGUUUACCAAAUCUUGGUCACACUAUAUCUCUCAACUUUUGGUACAAGGGAGGCCCUACUGAGAAGAUAGAGUAUCCUCUGAAACCACGACAAAAAUUAGCUGUUAUGCGCAAUGUUGAGAAAAUGCUGUUGGAAGCUCUGAAAGAUCCAGCAGAAGUGGGACCUCUACUACGUGCACUGGUAAUUGGAAGAUACACUGGUGAAGAAGCUGAGAGACAAGAAGGAGCACUGUGAUUUGAUACUUUAAAGGCUAGUUUUAGUUAUAUAAUUUCAUGUCCUGGUACCUGUAAUAAGCCUGUUGAAUUCCCUGUUAAAGGAGGCAGGGGUUAUUUGACCAGUAUCCAGCUGAAUAACCACUGGUUAUUUGACUGGAUUAUGUAUAAUUUUAAUGUGUAUUUUACAGUUGCAGAAAUUUGUUACUUCCCCCCCUGAGGUAGCCAGUGUCUCCAAACGGCCAAACCUUUAUGACCUAUAGCAAACCAAUCCACCUUUCACGUCCAUCGUUACAACACCAAUGCCCUUUCAUUCAUAAAUAGUGAUAAUACUACUGUAACGUUGCCGUUUGGAGACACGGGUUACCACAGAGGGUGUCGGAACACAUUUCUGCAACUGUACCAUGUGAUUAAUUAUUACUGUAUUUUGCUAUAUUUGUAACCUAACCUAACCUAACCUUAUCUAUGUUCAUGAAAGAGGUGGGACAUCUUGAAGUAUCAGAAUACAAAGAUACUGAUAAAGCAUUCAAGAUUGAAAUAAUAGUGUAAUGACUAUAGUAAUGCCCACAGCUAUCCUGACCAGAAUCCCAUUUAAAUAAAAGUAUAGUAAAAUCAUACACAACCCCUGCGGGUCCAGGUCAAAUAGCCAAUGGUUAUUCGGCCGGGAAUUCCAGUCAAAUAAGUAAUAUGAAAGAAGAAGGAUGAUGAAGAAAAGAUCUCAUAUUUAUUAAAAGGGCUGCGGACCCAAAAAUCUAAUACUUUAAUAUGUAAUAAAACCUCGCUAGGGCGGACUAUUGAGGGGGGAGGGGUGUCCAGGAUAAGAGGAUGUCCACCUUAGAGAAAAUGUUUUCAAAAAGACCGCCAUUGAAAAAACAAAACAACAAACAUGUUUUUAAUCAAAUUAAUUUUAAAAAGUAAUUUACACAAAGUACUGCACACUUAUAAUUAGUAAAAGUAUUGUUACAUUGGCAAAAUGUUACUCAAGAUGAAGUAAAAGUAUUCAAAUGUCAAUGUACUCAAAUAGAAGUAAAAAAGUAUCUCAUUCUUAAAAUACUCCUUAAAAUACUCAAGUACUGAAAUUAUAAAGUAACAAAAAAAUUAUUAAUUGUCUCAAAUAUUAAAAUAUAUCCACAAUACUGUAAAUUAUAAAAAAAAACUAUUUAACUAAAGAUUAAAAUAAAAGAUACACAGCAUUACACUUGUUUAUUUGCAAAUCUUUCUAUUGAGAUUAAUCAAUAACUGAUUCUCAAAACUAUGGCUGUCCAAUCAGGAUCUUUUAGGCCAAAAUAAAAACCCAGCAUGACCUACUGAAAGAGAAUAUCUUCAGUCACUCUUCUCCCUACAGUCCAUCACAGGGCUAGUGAACCUAUCUGGUGUGUAUCUGAGGCAGGGGAUGACCGGUGCUUCUCUUCCUGUAAACUCCGUAACUG